CGCUCCUUACAUCAACCUCAACACAAGAUGGACUACUCGGCUGUCUCGACUGAUCCCGACCACCCCGCGGGCCCCUCGCCCUGGGGCUCUCCGCGCGCUGACCGCAACACAUUCCCCGCCUCCAACAACGACAUCCCGUCAUCCCCUUUGCCGGGCCAGGACAGAUCCGCGGAGGAGACAGAAGGAAGCCAUGUGCCGGUGCCACAAUCCCCAGAUCUCUCGGCACAGCUUCAGAGCCCUCAAUUAGGAGACCCGGAUUAUGCCGAGGGACAAUCUCCCCUAGAUGGCUCUCAGCAGCAUUCACAGGGCCUCCCCACACGUUAUCAGACUGGACUGCGCCAGAACUCUCGCCCUCCCGCGCCGGUAUAUAAGAUUCAAGCCAAGAUUACUAGCCUGGAACGGACAGGAAAGAAAGACCCCAUUCUCCGCUUCGAUGUUCACACCAAUAUUCCCAAGUUCCGUACUACCCAGUACCGUGAUGUCCGCCGUACCCAUGCCGAAUUCUCCAAACUCGCCGACCACUUGAUCUCAGCCAACCCGGAAGCUCUAGUUCCCGCCGUGCCACCACCAGUGACCCCAGCCGGUGCCGGUACCGACGAGGAUGAAGCGCGAGUCAAGGCAUCAAUGCAAAGAUGGCUCAACACUGUUCUGAGCAAUGAAGUCCUCAUCCACGAUGACGAGGUCAUGCUGUUCGUGGAAAGCGAUUUUGGCUACAGCCCAGUUGUUCGGAUGAAGCAACCAGCUACUGGAGUGCGUCGUAAGAUGUUGAAGCAGUUUGCGCCUCCGCCUGAUGACACACCUGAGCUCCACUCUGCUCGCCCAGUCGUGAAGAUGUUUUACUUGGCUUCAAUGGAUACCAGUCACAAGGUAGACCGAGUUGUCAAGGGCCGUCGCGGUGUUGGUCUGGCCGAGUCCGAUUUCGGAGUCAAGAUUGGUCAGAUGAGCGUGCAGGAGACGCAUCCUGGAUUGGCUUCUGCCUAUCGCAAGCUCGGGAAGGUUAUUCAGACCGUCGGUGACUUCCAUGCUGUGCAGGCCACCGGGGAGGCCACAACCCUCGGCGAACCCUUAAGCUACCACUCCCAGGACGCUUUCAUUGUGAAGGAGACGUUAACCAACCGUCACAUUCUACUUCGCGAACUUCUCCAGGCCCGACAGACUGCUCAGAGCAAGCGUGCCGCAGCAGACCGACUAAAGGUCAGCUCAUCAGUUCGCCCGGAUAAAGUUGACGAGGCAAUCAAUGCUCUUGAGGAGGCACAAAGUCACGAAGAUUAUUUGACUAAGCGCACCCAGCGCGUCACUGGGAACCUCCUGCAAGAGAAGCGCCGCUGGUUCGACCGCACCUCCAACGAUCUUCUGUUUAGCCUUCGCGAGUAUACUUUGCGCCAGAUUGAGGCGGAGCGUCGGACCUUGGCAACUCUCGAGAGCGUUCGACCCGAUAUCCGAGCCAUCGAUUCUUCUGGUGGUUUGAGUCGACUGGGCCGUGAAGCACACCCCGCACAACGCAGACCCAACAUUGCCUCCAGCCAGGGUCCCAAGGGUGAUGCCUGGAGUGGUGUUCCCCGCCGCGUUGAUAGCGCCGGUCGUAGUAUGAGCGGUAGCUUCACAGCUCCUGGCGAGGAUGAGGGUGAUGAAAACCCGGAGUCUGGCCCGGGACGUGUGCGUUCUACCAGCAAGGUUGAUUCUAUUGCUGAGGACGAUGAUGAUCGACUGGAUGCUCGCAACGCUGCAAGCCGGCUGGCUACCAGCACUUUCUGA